AUGGGCGACUCAGGUGGCUGGAGCACUAUUGAAUCCGACGAGGGUGUUUUCACCUCCCUCAUCGAAACACUCGGGGUGAAAGAUGUUCAAUUUGAAGAACUCAUUUCUCUUGACGCAGACACAGUCCGAUCUCUAGGCCCAGUUUACGGUGUAAUCUUCCUCUUCAAAUGGACCCGUGAAGCAGCUGGUGCCAGAGCCGAAGCCCCACUAGACGGCACCUAUGACAGCAACGCAACAGAAAACAACGUAUUCUUCGCAGCGCAAACGAUCCAAAACGCCUGCGGCACGCAAGCCAUCCUCUCCGUAAUCCUAAACCAUGACGACAUAGCCCUUGGCAACGAACUAGCAUCCUUCAAAGACUUCACAACCGGUUUCCCGCCCGAACUACGCGGCGAAGCCCUCUCGAACUCGGAGGCUAUUCGCACUACCCACAACUCCUUUGCGCGGGCAAGUCCGUUCGCGGAUGAGACGUCCCGCCCUGUUGAUGAGGAGAACGCAGCGGAUGUUUACCAUUUUAUUGCGUAUACCCCUGUUAAUGGGACGUUGUAUGAGCUUGAUGGACUGCAGCCGCAUCCUAUUAGUCAUGGGCCUUGUGACGGAGAUGCGUUCCCGGAGAAGAUCAUUGACGUUUUGAGGAGGAGGAUUGAGCGAUAUCCGGCUGGUGAGACGCAUUUCAAUCUCAUGGCUGUUGUUAAAGAUCCGCGGUUGCAGGCUAGGGAGAUUGGGGAUGUUGAGACCCUUGAGAGGGAGGAGAGAAAGAGGGCUGCAUGGGCGUGGGAGAAUACGCUGCGGCGGUGGAACUUUGUUGGGUUUAUUGGGGAGAUGAUGAAGGGAGUUGUCGGGUUGAAGGACAAGGCUGAUCCUAGUGGAAAGGCUUAUGAGAAUUGGGUUGAGGGUGCGAAGAAGGAGACUAGGAAGAAGUUGGAGAACCGGAGGUAG